AUGGGACCUGGAAGAAGAGGACCUGCGAAAGAAGAGGGACUGGGAGAAGAGGAACCUGAAGAAGAAGGACCUGGAGAAGAGGACCUGGAAGAAGACGGACCUGGGAAGGAACCUGGAAGAAGAAGGACCUGGAAGAAGAGGAACCUGGAAGAAGAAGGACCUGGAAGAAGAGGAACCUGGAAGAAGAAGGACCUGGAAGAAGAGGAACCUGGGAGGAAGAGGACCUGGAAGAAGAAGGACCUGGAAAAGAAGAGGGACCUGAAGAAGAGGGACCUGGCGGAAGAAGAGGGGGACCUGGAAGAAGAGGACCUGGAAGAAGAAAGGGACUGGGAAGAAGAGGAACCUGGGAAGAAGAGGAACCUGGAAGAAAACCGAGGAACCUGGAAGAAGAAAGGAAGGAAGGAACCUGAAAAGAAAGGAACUGGAGCUGGAAGACCGAGGGAAAGAAGGACCUGGAAGAAGAGGAACCUGGAAGAAGAGGGACCUGGAGAAGAGGGGGGAACCUCCGGAGAAGAGGGACCUGAGAAGAGGGACCUGGAGAAAAGAGAACCUGGGAAGAAGACCUGGAGGAAAAAGGGCCACCUGCCAAGUGGAAAAGAAGAGGAACCUGGAAAGAAGAGGGGACCUGGGAAGAAAAGACGGGAACCUGGGAGAAGAGGGAACCCUGGGAAGAAGAAGGAACCUGGGAAGAAGAGGAACCUGGAAGAAGGAAGGGACCUGGGAAGAAGAAGGGAACCUGGGAAGAAGAGGGAAAAAAAAAACCCCUUGGAAGAAGGGAAGGGACUGGAAAGAAGAAGGGAACCUGGGAAGGAAGAGGGACCGGAAGGAAGAGGAAACCUGGAAGAAGAGGGAACCGGAAGAAGAAGGGAUGGAAGAAGGGAGGGAACCUGGGAGGAAGAGGGAACCUGGAAGAAGGGGACCUGGGGAACAAAGGAAUGGACCUUGGAAGAAGUAAGGAACCUGGAAGAAGAAGGGACUGGAAGAAGAAGGGACCUGGAAAGAAGGAAGGGAACCUGGAAGAAGAAGGGCCUGGGAAGAAGAGGGAAAAACCUGGAAGAAGAAGGACCUGGGAGAAGAAGGAAAUGUGGAAAAGAAGGAAGGGACCUUGGAAGAAGAAGGGACCCCUGGAAAAAGAAGAAAGGACCUGGAAGAAGAAGGGACCUGGAAGAAUGGAAGGGGAACCUGGAGGAAAGAAGGAAACCUGGAAGAAGAAGGAACCUGGGAAGGAAGGAGGGAACGGGAAGGAAGAAGGGAACCUGGGAAGAAGAAGGGACCUGGGAAGAAGGAAGGAACCAACCUGGGAAAGAAGAGGGCCGGGACCUGGAAGAAGAAGGACCUGGAAAGAAAGAAGAACCUGGAAGAAGAGGGAACCUGGGGAAGAAGAGGGAACCUGGAAGAAGACCGGGAAUUGGGAACCUGGGAAGGAAGAGGGAACCUGGGAAGAAGAAGGGACCCUGGAAGAAGAAGGGACCUGGCCGGAAGAAGAAGGACCUGUGGAAGAAGAAAGGACCGGGAAGCAAGAAGGACCUGGAAGAAGAGGGACCUGGAAGAAGAAGGACCUGGAAGAAGAAGGAUUGGAAGAAGAAGGAACCUGGAAGUAAAAGGGAAAGAACCUGGAAGAAGAAGGGACCUGGAAGGAAGAAAGGGAGGAAACCCUGGAAGAAGAAGGACCUGGAAGAAGAAGGAAGGGAACCUGGAAGAAGAAGGACCUGGAAUAAGAAGGAAGGACCUGGAAGAAGAAGGGACCUGGAAGAAGGAAGGACCUGGAAGAAGAGGGAACCUGGGAAGAAGAAGGAACCUGGAAGAAGAAGGGACCUGGGAAGAAGAAGGGGAACCUGGAAGAAGAAGGACCGGGAAGAAGAGGGGAGGAAAGAAGAAGGACCUGGAAGAAGAUGGACCUGGAAGAAGAAGGGACCUGGAAAGAAGAGGGACUGGAAGAAGAAGGGACCUGGAAAGAAGAAGGAACCUGGAAGAAGAGGAACCUGGGAAGAAGAGGGGAACCUGGAAGACCGGGAGUGA